AUGUCUGAAGAAAACACUCAUAUUGAAAAGACUAUUAUUUUACAAAAAUAUUUAGAUUUAGACCAACGAGGUGCUAUCAUCGCCGAAUAUGUUUGGAUCGAUGGUACUGGUAACUUACGUUCUAAAGGUAGAACUUUGAGAAAGAAGAUCACUUCUGUUGAUCAAUUACCAGAAUGGAACUUUGAUGGUUCCUCCACUAACCAAGCCCCGGGUCAUGACUCUGAUGUUUACUUAAAACCUGUUGCUUUCUACCCAGACCCAUUUAGAAGAGGUGACAAUAUCGUCGUCCUUGCCGAAUGUUUCAACAACGACGGUACUCCAAACAAGUUCAACCACAGGCAUGAAGCUGCUAAGUUAUUCAAGGCUCACAAGGACGAAGAAAUCUGGUUUGGUUUAGAACAAGAAUACACUCUUUUCGACUCCUAUGACAACGUCUAUGGUUGGCCAAAGGGUGGUUUCCCAGCUCCACAAGGUCCUUACUACUGUGGUGUUGGUGCUGGUAAGGUUUACGCUCGUGAUGUUAUUGAAGCUCACUACAGAGCCUGUCUAUAUGCUGGUAUUAACAUCUCUGGUAUUAAUGCGGAAGUUAUGCCAUCUCAAUGGGAGUUUCAAGUUGGUCCAUGUACCGGUAUUGACAUGGGUGAUCAAUUAUGGAUGGCAAGAUACUUCUUACACAGGACUGCUGAAGAAUUUGGUGUUAAGAUUUCUUUCCAUCCAAAACCAUUAAAGGGUGACUGGAAUGGUGCUGGUUGCCAUACCAAUGUCUCUACUAAGAACAUGAGAUUGCCAGGUGGUAUGAAGUAUAUUGAAGAAGCUAUCGAAAAACUAUCAAAGAGACAUGACGAACAUAUCAAGUUAUAUGGUGCUGAUAACGAUCAAAGAUUAACUGGUAGACACGAGACCGCUUCUAUGUCUACUUUUUCAGCCGGUGUUGCUAACAGAGGUGCCUCUAUAAGAAUUCCAAGAUCUGUUGCCAAGGAAGGUUACGGUUACUUCGAAGAUCGUAGACCAGCUUCUAACAUCGAUCCAUAUUUGGUUACUGGUAUCAUGUGUGAAACUAUUUGUGGCGCUAUUGAAAAUGCUGACAUGUGCAAGGAAUUUGAAAGAGAAUUCUCCUGA